AUGGAAGAUCUGGAACUGACUGGAACAUGUCCUUUGAUAACAUAUACAGGAAGUGAUGAAUAUCAACUACCGACACAAAAACAUCAAGAACAGCUGCACAAAACUACGGCCACACAACUUAAUGAUCUUAAUUAUUUAAAGAAAUUUGGCAGCAAAAAUAAUUUUAAGAUAACUGAUAAAAUCUUGAGAUUGUACAACACACCUAUCGAACGAGAAAUACCGUUUAAACGAGCACGGAGUAUUGCGGCAAAAACUGCGAAACAUUAUCAGGAAAAUUCAUGCAAUGAAAAUGAGUUAUCUUUCCCUAACUUGGAAAAUCCUAAUUCCAAGAAAUCGACGCAGACGCACAUUUUGCAACUUUCAAACAAUUUGGUGAAUGACAGUUUAAAUGCACAUAAACGUGCGGAGCAAACUCCAAUGGCGUCAGUAACUACCAUCAAUGACAACUCUGGCGCCUCGCAGUUAAAAAUGUUAGAUAAAAUUCGCCCCAGUCAUCCGCAGUUUGCCAAAGAAAUUAAAGUUAAUCCAGAAGAGGCGUUAAAGAUUAACUCAUUAAUCCUUGCAGAACGAUCAAACGUACAAUUAACCCCGACAUCACCACCGCAUAACAUUACAUUCCCAAGCAUAGAAAACACUAGCCAGGCUAACAUAACUACUCCUAAAUAUUGGUGGAAUUAUCUUAACCAAAAAAUUGCUAAAAAGAGGUCCACACCGAGCUUGCAUAAAAUGUGUAAGCUUUGUGAAUUGAAUUCUGAACAUGGGGACAUUAUUAAGCAUAGUGAACUAGGGAAAGACACGUUGCAUAUUGAUUUGAAACGUUUGACUGAAGUUCGCAGUAAGAAUUGGUCGUCUUACGGACACUAUACUAGCGCUCACAAAUUGAAAUACACGAAAAGACAGAAUAUUUUAUUGAAAAGUGCAGAAAAACAAUUGGAAGUCGACGAGGAUUAUCUAAGUGUUGAUGUGGAUAAACUGAUGAAUAUAUACAAAGAAAAGACAAUUUCUGACGUCAUGGAGUCGAACGCAGCUGGUGGGUAUAUUCAAACACAACAAGAUGCUGAUAUUAGCAAUGAUAUCCAGCGGUUAGGUUCUGCUCCCGAAAGGAAAACCCAUUCGCAGGCUAGCAAUUAUAACCAGAAUGUACGCAACGAAGGAAUUAAAUCUUUCACCUGCCAAGAAAAAUAUGCUCCUCUUCAACGUCCCACGACAACGAAGCUUCGAUCAUGUAUAAAUUUUACUAGCAGGAAAACGUGUUUUACAAAAGUAUCAUGA